AUGUUGGCCAAUCGUGUGAUUUGUCGCCAUUUCAGCGACCAAUUGAAGCCACGAAAGCCGUCCGACAAAGUGAAGCCCAUCGCAGGCCUCAAGAGUUUUGUGUCCAAUAAAUUUGUUCAAUUCAUUGAAGGCUAUGAACGCAUUCUGGAGAAGCGCUUCCCGAAGACCUUUAAGAUAUACCAAGUAUUCACAAUCGGUUCGUACGGAUCACUCGAUCGCGCCAAAGAUUUCUACAAAGAUAUCGUCCAACACUUCCAGAUAUCAAAACAACUCUUCGAUGGCAAACGUCUCAACGAAUUAAGUUAUAGCGAACUUAUGAUAUAUUUUAAGACACCGAAAGACAUGGCACGAGUGGGUCCCGUGUUGUUGGUGUCUGCGCUCCCGUUUGCCAAUUACGUGGUCUUUCCGCUGGCCUUUAUGUUCCCGAAACAGCUCUUGUCCUCACAUUUCUGGUCAUUAGAACAAAGACAACUGUUUCAGACACAGGACCACACGAAGCGGUUAUACUAUUUCCGACCCGUUUUCAGACACAUUCAAAGACGGCUCCCGUCUGUCACACACGACAACAAACUUCAGGUGAAGUGUCGUCAGGUGUUCGCACAGAUCGGGAGCGGAACUCAUCCCAGUGUUGACCGCGUAUUAGACAUUAAGCCCGCAUUCGUUAGCAAACCCUAUGGAGCGAAACACUUGAAGUCAAAGCAUUUGGUAAUAAAGCAAUUAAUGUACAAAACGAGUGAAUAA